GAUGUGACCUUGGGGUUUUAGUAACGGCAUUAUCCCUAUCAAAGAGUCAAGACAGGGAUCUUCCUUCUCGCUCUUUAUUUCUUUUUGUCUACCCCAUCUUCUAAGACAAUAAAAACCUAAAAAAAGGGCCAAAAAUAGCUUCUGAAAAUAGAUUUAAAAUUCCAAUUUUUUUUUUUUCAACUACUUUGCUCUCUCAGUUCCUUGAUAAAAUCAAAUGAAAAUUAUUUCCUGUUUUAAAUGAUCACAAAGAAGUUUUCAUGACUAAAAAUAUAGCCAAAAAAAAAAAAAAAAAAAAAAACCAAUUGAAAAUGGGUUUUGUAAUAUUUUUUUGGAUUUUAUGCAGUUUUUAUUUAGCUCGAAAAGGGUGCGAUUAUGGCGGAGGGCCAGGAAAGGAGGAGGAGCGCAAGACUGGUAGCGUUGGACGCGUGUAAAGAGAAGCAAGUUCCAACUGUGAUAGCUUUGCCGGCGACUAAUACCCCACUAGCACAAGACGCUCAAAAGAGGCGAGGAAGGAAGAGGCGGCUUCUCGGCGAAGUAGUCUCUACUUCUUUGAGAGUUGGCAACAUCGUUAUAAACCUUGAACAUCCAAGUGAAAUCGCAAGACGUGAAAAUGAUCCACCCAAUACUGAUCAACCGUUGCCAGCCAUUUCUGAUACUAAGUUGCCGGAGAAACGGGUAUUGGAGCUUGUUCUUGAUAUACUGCAAAAGAGAGAUACACAUGGCUUUUUUGCUGUGCCAGUUAAUCCUGAAGAGGUCAAGGGUUACCAUGACAUUAUCAAAGAUCCCAUGGAUUUCGGCACCAUGAGGGCAAAACUUCAGGGAGGAUUGUAUGCAUCACUUGAACAAUUUGAGCAUGAUGUGUUCUUGAUAUCAAAAAAUGCGAUGCGAUUCAAUGCCUCUGCUACUGUCUUUUUCAGACAGGCUCGUGGUAUAGGUGACCUGGCGAAAAGGGUAUUUCAAGUUCUGAGAAGUGAUCCUGAGAACUUUGAAAAUACAUUCUCCUUGAGAAAGCGAAACUAUAGAAGAAGGCCCCGAGGUGAAGCUGGAAGUUGGAAUGUCAGUGGAAUGACCACAGAUAUCGCAUCAAUAAAUAGGCCAUAUUCCCUUAAUGAUCCCUCAAAGAAAUACAGCCAGACAAACCCGGGGUCCUCCAUGUCGACUCUUCAUGUUUAUGGAAGAACUUAUGACAAUCUUCCAGGUUCUGGAGAUGGUAGAAGAAUUAAUCUGCAUGAAGUGGAUCAUCGAUUGACAUGCAGAUCUUGGGAGUCCUACCUCAGUGAGAAUGAGUCUAUUUCUUCAACAGUUUAUAAUAGAUCAGAACCACUUGUGCCUGUUAAUCAAGCAGGUGUUGGGUACAAGGAAAGCUUGAUGAAGUUUGUUAGUGAUUUGGGACCAACGGCUCAAAAGGUUGCCAGUCGGAAGUUACAGCUAUGUCAGGUUCAGGCGCAGAGUCCAAAUUCCCAGUUUCUAGCUCCAAGUAGUCAGGUUCCGGCAACCUCUACUCAACAGGGCUCAACGCCUUUGGAUGGUCUCAUCAGCCUUGGUACUUCUUCUUAUAUCAGUGACAAAUUUAAAAAGGACAUUGGUAAUUCUUUGAUAGAAGAUGCCGUUCAUCAAACCCCCAUCUCUGAGAUUGAAUUGGGUGCACACCAUCGCACUACUGGCAUUGGCGAUUUGAAUCUUCCAGCUGUUGGUUUGACAAGCUCCAGCAGUGGGCAUUCAACAAUGUUAAUGGGUUCCAGCAAAUCAUGCAGUUGGGUUGAGCCUACUAAAUUGAAUGCGCAGUCAAGGCUGACUAGUUUCAUGUCUGGAAACAACGACUCUUGCAUGGUAUCUUCAUGGCCUUCUCAAGAAGUAACUGAAGGGGCAAGUUUGAACCAACCUAAAAUGGUGGGUGCACAGACUGUCCUCAAUCUAUCGUUCUUGCAAACUCGUCUCGAUGAGAUAAAUUCAUCAAAGACGGCUUCGGGGUUUAGUUGUGAAGCUGGGCCAGGUAUUUGGGGGGAAUCUGGCAGUUCAAGGAGUUUCCAAUCCGAAUUAUCUUUUAAUGCACAGAGUUCCCGUGAAAAGACUCCAGUGCGGAGCUACCUAGCUGAAUUGGGUGCGGAGGGUAUAGGCUUGGAUGAAAUGAAAUUUAAUGAGAGUUUUCUUGGGGGAAGGAGGCCAUCUUUUAAUGCAUUGCCUUCACAAGAGAAGUCUCCUCCUGUGCAUACCCACCAAACUGAACUGAUUAGUAGCCUCAGGGUGCCAUCUUUUGCUGCAAUGAGACGACAUGGGAAGGCUCCAGCAAACGGCCUGCAAACUGAACUGACGAAUAGUUCAAGGGGGCUGUCUUUUAAUGAAGUGAGUUUACAUAAAAGGUCUCCAGUGCUUAUCCAACAAGCUGAACCAAAUUCAGGUUGUCUGGGUUUUAACACACUAAGUUUACAGGAGAGGCAGGAGAGGCAGGAGAGGCAGGAGAGGGCUCUAAUGCAUGGCCCACUAGCUGAGCGUGGUCCAUACUGGGGACUAUAUUUUGAUGAAGUGGCGCGUUCCUGUCCUGAGCUGAAUCUGGUGGGCCAGAAUUCCGGGGGGCUAUCUCAUAAUGCACCAAUGAGUUCCCAUGCGGAACCUCCUGUUGCUGCAGUGCCCACCUUCCAACUGAAUCUGAAUUCUGGGGUGCUAUCUCUUAAUGCACCAAUGAGUUCCCCUGCGAAGCCUCCUCCUGUUGCUGCACUGCCUGCCUUCCAAGCAAUGGUGAGUUGUGGUGGGCCAUCUCUUAAUGCACCAAUGACUUUCAAUGCAAAGCCUCCUGUUGCUGCAGUGCCUACCUUCCAAGCAACGGUGAGUUCCGGUGGGCCAUCUCUUAAUGCACCAAUGACUUUCAAUGCAAAGCCUCCUGUUGCUGCAAUGCCUACCUUCCAAGCAACGGUGAAUUCCGGUGGGCCAUCUCUUAAUGCAUCAAUGAGUUUCAAUGCAAAGCCUCCUGAUGCUGCACUGCAUACCCUCCUGGCAGAGCUGAAUUCCGGGGGGCAAUCUUCAAAUGCUAUGGGUAUCCGCGAGAAGUCUCCAGUGAAUGGCCAACAACCUGAUCUGACUACCCUAGCUUUCCUGAAAAAUCAACAGCCAUCUGUGGAGGAUAAUCAGCUGCCUGAUUUGGCUCUUCAGCUGUAGCCUGUUUGAUCUAAGAAGUUGAAAUAAAUUCCAUAGUUGCUUUGUUUUCAUCAUUUUCCAUAGAAAGAUAGAAAAAAUGGGGGAGUGGUAAUUGAAGAGGGUGUAUGUACACCAUUUACAAUGUAUGUAAGACCUUUUCCUUCAUAUAAUUAUAAUAAAAUAAGGGGUUUUUACA